AUGUCUCAUAGAAAAAAAAUGUCAGAAGUAAAUAUUACAUUUGCAGUGGAAUUUUUUCUCCUUGGGUUUUCGGACCUUCCUAAUCUUCAAGAGUUUCUCUUUGUGAUUUUCUUGGUAAUUUACAUGAGCAUCUUGAUAGGAAAUGGCCUUGUCAUAGUGCUAACUAAAGUAGAACCAAGUCUCCAAACUCCCAUGUAUUUUUUCCUUGCAAACUUCUCCUUUUUGGAGAUUUGUUACACAUCAGUCACUCUUCCCAGAAUUCUAACAGACCUUUGGACACAGAAGAGGAAUAUUUCUUUUCUUGGCUGUGCUACACAGCUUUUCUUCAUUCUUAUUCUGGGAGUCACUGAAUGCUUCCUUCUGUCUGUGAUGGCAUAUGACCGUUAUGUGGCAAUUUGUAAGCCACUUUAUUACCCUCUCAUCAUGAAUCACAAGAUGUGUGUUUGGCUUGUUAUUGGUUCCUGGAUCAUUGGGAUCCCUAUUCUGAUAGGACUCACAUACCAGAUUUUCUCCCUGUCAUUCUGCGGUUCAAAGAAACUUGAACAUGUCUUCUGCGACAUCCCACCAUUACUGAAGCUGGCCUGUGGGGACAUUUCUGUCGAAGAGUACAGUAUUUAUGUUGAUGCUGGACUAUUUGGGAUGUUUCCUUUUCUUUUCAUAUUUGGGUCAUAUGCUAAAAUCAUUGCCACCAUUCUGAAGAUACCUUCAGCCAAGGGGAGAUAUAAAGCCUUUUUCACUUGUUCCUCCCAUCUCAUAGUUGUUACUUUAUACUUUGGGUCUGCUGGUAUUUCCUAUUUGAUGCCUAAGUCCAGUCACUCAUCAGCAACUGAAAUAGUGUUGUCUCUUUUCUACACCAUUGUGACCCCAAUGUUUAACCCCCUUAUAUAUAGUCUGCGGAACAAAGAUUUUAUUGUGGCAAUGAGAAAAUUUUUACCUAAAUGUGUAGGGUUAGUAAGCACAUAA